AUGGUACAGAAAAGUUUCAAACUGUGCGAGUUGCAAUCUGCAUUUGCGUCACUGUCCAUGGGGCCUCCCCAAAGAGGAAACAACAAAUCAAGAAAAACAAAACAAAACAAAAUCAAAAAACAUGUUUUGUGGAUGCACGGAUGCACAGUCACUCAGUCUUACACCCGCACCCCCCCGCCCAGACCCAGACCCUCUCCCCUGCCCUUCGGACUGCCGUCGUCCGCUUUGCUCUUCCCAAAAGGGGGUGACCGCGCUCUGCGCUCAUACUCGCGCCCAUUGCGUCAACCCUUGGUAUAUCCGUGUCGCGCGCGACGGCACCAUUAUCAAUGUCCGGACAGAGACGGGCCCCCCAUUGUCCCGCGGCCCUUGUCCGCACCCCUCACGAACCCCACCACGGUCCCGCCGGGUGUUAAUCCGAUUAUGAGCAGGAGAACAAUGGCCCCCCGGCAAAGUGUCGCGCCACGGAAACAAAAAGCCGCACAGAAACGCGCGCGGGGAACGGCUCCUGCGCCACCGCCUGAGCCCGCUGUGCCUUCACACACACACACCCGCACACAGGACCGCCCCCCGGAGAACACGCCGCAGCACCGGGGAAAAAUCGGAAUUACCCGCAGGCAGGGGGGGGGGGAACGAGAGAGGGACAAUGCAGCACAAUACAAUACGCGAGCAAGCCCGUCCCUCGCCGUUAGCGCAGCGGUUGUGCACAGGGAACAACGAACAUUCAUACUGGCACAUCCACGCUACACUACUGUACUACUACUUCUACUACUGCUGCACCCUCAGCCUCCUCAGACAGCGGUAACUCUAAAAUCGUGA